GCCAAAAAAAAACCUCAAAUUUGGCCUCUCGAUUUAGUUUUUGAAAACCUAAUCUCGAUCCUCCGGCGAACUUGACUUCGCCGGCUUAAAUCUCUGCUAGUUAGCGAGUGUUUACUGUUGAAUCGGGCGAAAAAAUGUCGAUGUCGAAGAGUUCGAAGAUGCUUCAGUUCAUCAACUACAGGAUGCGAGUGACGAUCCAAGACGGGAGACAGCUCGUCGGGAAGUUCAUGGCGUUCGACCGUCACAUGAACCUCGUUCUCGGCGACUGCGAGGAGUUUCGUAAGCUUCCGCCAGCUAAAGGGAAGAAGAUCAACGAAGAGCGAGAAGAUCGCCGUACGCUUGGUUUGGUGUUGCUUAGAGGUGAAGAAGUAAUCUCGAUGACUGUUGAAGGACCGCCUCCUCCUGACGAAUCUCGUGCUAAAGCUGGCUCUGCAGCUGCUGUUGCUGGUCCAGGUAUCGGUCGUGCUGCUGGACGUGGUGUACCAACCGGUCCGUUAGUUCAAGCUCAGCCUGGACUAUCUGGUCCGGUUCGUGGUGUUGGUGGACCAUCUCCUGGGAUGAUGCAGCCUCAGAUCUCUCGUCCGCCUCAGCUCUCGGCUCCUCCGAUUAUUCGACCUCCGGGACAGAUGUUGCCGCCGCCUCCUGCUUUUGGUGGUCAAGGUCCUCCUAUGGGAAGAGGUCCUCCUCCGCCUUACGGUAUGAGGCCGCCUCCUCAGCAGUUUUCUGGACCACCGCCGCCUCAGUAUGGGCAAAGGCCAAUGGUUCCUCCUGGUGGUAUGAUGAGAGGACCUCCUCCUCCUCCACCUCAUGGGAUGCAAGGAAUGCCUCCGCAACGCCCUGGAAUGGUUCCUCCUCCUGGUGGGUUUGCUCCACCGCGUCCUGGCAUGCCACCACCGCCACAUAAUCAGCAGCAGCAGUGAUUAGGUUUACAAUUGUGGUGCUUUCAUUGUCGCCUUUCGUAACUUUAGCCUGCAAUCUCUCUGAUCUAUCUUAGCUUGCAAAGUUUGUAGAUUUUGGUGACCAGUGAGUGUUUUUUUGCCUUAUCUUCUUGUGUUUCAUUCCAUUAAACCUGUUUUAUCAUCGCAAUUAACAGCAUAUUUCUUGCCCCA